AUGGCAUACGCGAAGAAUAAAGCGGCGGUCGUCGUCCUCGGCGCCGCGGUGGUGGCCGCGUUCUUUCUCGCUGCUGCUGAGAGCCGCCACCUGGGCGUCAGCCUCGGCGGCGGCGGCGGCGGCGGCGGCGGUGGCCUAGGGGUCGACGUUGGCGGCGGCCUGGGUAUCGGCACAGGGAUCGGCAUCGGCAUUGGUGGCGGCGGCGGCUCUGGCUCCGGGUCAGGAUCUGGGUCUUACUCCGGCUCCGGCUCAGGGUCGGGCUCGGGCUCAGGGGUCCUGGUCCGGCUCAAACUCGGGCUCGAACGCGGGAUCCGGCGGCGCAGGAGCAGGAUCGUACGCUGGCUCCAGCGCCGGCUCGUACGCGGGCUCGAAUGGCGGAGGCUCGGGUUCCUACGCGGGCUCCAACGCCGGCUCCUACGCUGGCUCGAACGGCGGAGGGGCGGGCUCCAACGCCGGCUCAGAAAUGUUGAUUGGGACAUGCAGACUGCAGGACUGCACCGGAAGUAUCAGAUGUGCUUCGGCUUGGCAGAAGUCCAAUCAGACAUAAAAUCAAGGUCUACUUUCCGAAUCUUGAUUGCAGAAUCUCCAUGA